AGGAGUUAAUGUAAUGGAUGAUUAACUUUCGCGGUGUGCACGCCUUUUCAGUAACAACUAUGGAGUCAGGGGACCGUCUGGUUGCUAGGGGUGAAACCAUGUAAAUAUUUCGGCUUUCUCUUUUGCGUCGACUUAUCAUCGCUUUGCUGAGACACUCGUGUUAAAAUGAACGCCUCAAAGCUCAAAAGCCAGUGUCUCAGUGAUCCGGAGCACGGCUUUUUGACAAGUUGUUUCGUUGGCGAAAAUCUUGUUGGCCAAGCUUUCGCCGCUACAUGGGAUUAUAGGGGAGGUUCCAUUGGAUGGAUCACCCAACUGGUAGUAGAUCGCGAUUACCGCAGGCGUCACAUUGCAACUACGCUCUUGCAACAUCUGCAAUCCGACCCCGUGUUUGGUUCAGUGUCGGCUUUUGGAGUGGCUUCGUCCGGCCCUGCCACUUGUCAUAUUUUGGCGAAACUUGUCGAUGUCCCUAUAUCAAAUAUUGACACGAAAUUCAUCUCCGACAAUGCUGAGAGAUUUUUGAAAUCUACGACGGUCCAUUAUCUCAAGUCAGAUGAACUUCGAGGCAGCCUAUUUGGAAGUUAUCGCGAAGUAGGAGGGGUGUUUUCUGUAUUCACAAGCUUUUACAUCGACCAUACUGAACCUCUGGAAAUUCUCAAAAGUAUACAACAAGAUCUGAAUGGUGCCUUGCUGAUCUCCUUGAUGGUCACGAAGUUUUGUUGAUAGUUUCGAACACCACCUCGCUAUCUGUUUGAUGAUAAAACUUGCUAUUUCUGGACUGGCAUGUUUUUUACUCAGCUUUAUGCAUACUUAUACAGUUAUUAGAACGACG